GGAGAUUCCGGAACUAAUAAUAGCGGCCAUGACAAUGGCGGCGCACAAUAUACAGUCUGCUACGGCGUGUACACGUAAAAAGUAACGAGUCCUUUGAUACGCAUAUUUUUGUGCUAUAUUCAAAAUGAAGCAGAAAAGGAAAAGGCGCGACGAAGAUGAACAUGAAUUCGAUCCCGCUCCCAAACACCUGCAAGUAAGACAUAUCAAGAAUCAAGAGAAGCGUCUUAUUGUUAUAUUAGAGCAGGCUCAACUAGAAUCCGUGAAGAAUGGGAACAGUUUUGAGCUAUUGAAUUGCGACGAUCACCCAGCUAUUUAUAAGAAAUACAAUCGCGAUCCAGGCUCGUGCAGGCCAGACAUCACUCAUCAAUGUUUGUUAAUGUUAAUGGACAGUCCGUUGAAUAGAGCAGGAUUGUUGCAAGUGUACGUACAUACAGAGAAGAAUGUACUGAUUGAAAUUAAUCCACAAACCAGGAUCCCGAGAACUUUCAAACGUUUCGCUGGACUAAUGGUACAACUACUACACAAGUACAGUAUCAGAGCAUCCGAUGGACCGAUGAGACUCCUGAAAGUAAUUAAAAAUCCUGUGUCUGAUCAUUUGCCGGUUGGUUGUCGUAAGAUACUUAUGUCAUUUAGUGCUGACAAAGUGCAACACCCACGAGAACUUGCGCCUUCUGAAGAACCAAUUGCUAUUGUAGUUGGAGCUAUGGCACACGGCCAAAUCAAAACAGAUUAUACGGAGGAUACCAUCUCGAUCAGUAAAUAUCCUCUUUCAGCUGCUAUCACAUGUAGCAAAUUAUGUAUAGCAUUUGAAGAAGUUUGGGGAAUUAUCUAGAAAACUGUGAGAUCAUAAAUAUUUAUCCUUUUGGAGACUCGGGUUCAGCUUUACUGAUAAAAGUGAGUUCAGAAUAUGGAUUUUAGUAUCAUACUUUUUUCUUCAAUUCUUAUUUUUUUAAUAUAAUUUAAAUAAAUCAGUUUUUUUAUAAAGAUAUUAUUGAUUGUGUGCUAACUCUUAAGUGUGCUCUUAGGAUCGGUUGACGCAUUCAAAAUAUAUGAAUUAAAGAACAAUUUAAAUA